AAAAUGACAUAAUUGAAUGGCUGUUAUGUCAUAACAUGUCGAAUAGGCACACAGGCCAUUGGAAACAGUUUGGACGUUUGCUUGUGCUGCAAUAAUCAACAGUGGAAACCUGCUGUGGGAGAUUUUUGCACCCCUGACUUUGAAAGACAUUGAUUCUGUGGCUGGGUUUUCCAAGGAGAUGAGGAUGACAUGAAUCACGCCGCUGAAGUUUUAGAUUCACCCUGCUGGGGAGGGAGCUGGACUUGUAGACCAAAAGCCCAUUUAUGCAGCUUUAAUUCUCCAUAGCCAGUAUCAUCACUGCUUUGGAGGAACAUGUAUUGCACAAGAAGGAAGCGGCUGCAGCUGAGCCGGGUCUUGUUUCUCCUUUCCGUGGUUUCUCUCUGUACGCUCUACCAGCUGACCAUCAGUGCCAGACUGUACCAGCCUUUGCCAAUGUCUCAGAUUGGAGAAGAUUUUGGAGAAGGUUCAACAGAGGGGGUUGAGGAGGCUACAGUAGAGAUUCAGGGGCUGGAGGAACCUCUCACUGCAACACAUGAAUUAGAGCCCACAGAUCAAACAACGCCAGAGAUGCACGUGACACAUCACUCAGAUACAACUUCAGAUUUUAAAGCUUUGACCUCCACUGAAUCUCCUCCAUCACCGACUACAAACCGGACUAUUGUGCAUUGCAUCUAUGUGGCCCCCGAGCCUCCACGGCAGACACCCAAACCAGCUCCAGCUCCUCCUGUGGCCACCAUCACUCCAGCUCCUCCUGGUGAUGCUCCACAUAUAAAGGGUGAAUACCCUGAAGAUAUUUUUUCCGUUGAUGACCGUAGACGAGGCUGGGUGAUCCUCCAUAUUUUUGGCAUGUUGUACAUGUUCAUUUCACUUGCAAUUGUGUGCGAUGAGUUCUUUGUUCCUGCGCUGGGGGUAAUCACAGACAAGUUAGCCAUCUCUGAAGACGUAGCAGGAGCCACUUUCAUGGCUGCCGGAGGCUCUGCUCCUGAGCUUUUCACAUCCUUUAUAGGAGUCUUCAUUGCCCACAGCAAUGUUGGUAUAGGCACAAUCGUUGGUUCCGCAGUUUUCAACAUUUUGUUUGUGAUUGGAACGUGUGCUUUGUUUUCACGGGAGGUACUUCAACUAACUUGGUGGCCACUUUUCAGAGACGUAUCUUUCUACAUAGUUGGCCUCAUCUUACUCAUCAUCUUCUUCUUGGAUAAUGUCAUACUGUGGUGGGAGAGCGCGAUGCUGGUGGCCUGUUACACUCUCUAUGUGAUUUUCAUGAAGUUCAAUGUGCAAAUAGAGAAGACCUUCAAGGCCCUACUCCUCAAAAACAAGAACAUUGUCAGAAUUAUUGCUGUGGAAGAACCUGAAAAGACAAUUGUGGACGCUGAAGAUAAGACCCAACCUGCUCCAGAGGACAAGAAUCGGUUAAAGUUGAAGCCAUCCCUUCAGCGAGGGGGAAGUUCAGCUUCUUUACACAACAGCACCAUGAGAAACACCAUCUUCCAACUUAUGAUCCACACAUUAGACCCUCUAGCAGAGGGGAAAUUUAUGGAUAAGGCUGAGACUCUGAAUAAUGUGGCUAGACGGACGGCAGAGAGCAAAACUCAAGACAAAAGUGAAGAUGGUGGAGGUAAAACUGAGCCAGUCAAAGAGCCAGAGGCCGCCCCAGCCUCAGAAACAGAGAAGACGGAGCAGCCAGAGGACAAGAAGGAGGAUGUGCCAGCAGGAGACGAUGGAUUAGGAGGCUCCGACAGUGAUGAAGAGGAUAGCGAUGAAGACAGCAAUGAGUCCAGUGAAGAAGAAGAAGAGGAGGAGGAAGAUGAAGAUGAGGGGGAGCAAGAGGAUGAACCUCUGUCUUUAGAGUGGCCUGACACACAACGUAAACAAGCCACCUACCUCUUCCUGCUACCCAUAAUCGUCCCUCUGUGGCUCACUGUUCCAGAUGUUCGCAACCAGAAAUCCAGAAAAUUCUUUGCAGUGACUUUCCUGGGCUCUAUUAUGUGGAUUGCUGUUUUCUCCUACCUCAUGGUGUGGUGGGCCCAUCAGGUGGGUGAGACCAUCGGCAUCUCAGAGGAGAUUAUGGGCCUGACUAUCCUCGCUGCAGGGACAUCCAUCCCCGACCUCAUUACCAGUGUGAUAGUGGCACGUAAAGGCCUGGGGGACAUGGCUGUGUCCAGCUCUGUGGGCAGUAACAUCUUCGACAUCACAGUGGGCCUUCCAGUGCCGUGGCUUCUGUACUCAUCCUUCCACAGUUUUGCUCCAGUGGCUGUCAGCAGCAACGGGCUCUUCUGUGCUAUCGUGCUGCUCUUUAUCAUGCUCCUCUUCGUCAUCAUCUCCAUUGCAUACUGUAAGUGGAAGAUGAAUAAGCUGCUGGGUUUCACCAUGUUCCUGCUCUACUUCAUCUUUCUGGUGUUUAGCGUGAUGCUGGAGGAUCGCAUCAUUAUCUGCCCUGUUUCCAUCUGAACGUGUGAGCGGAAGUCAUCUCUAAGGCAUUCUCUUCACUUGCGACCUGAAGCACAACUGUUAACCCAGUUGUAUGUAAUGUACGAAUCUCAUGACCAUGGGUCUGGAUAUCUGUAGAAACUGUGAAGAAAGCUACUGUAGUUGCUCUGCAUUGCUGCCAGUGACAUGUGUCCAGUAUGUCAGCAACAUUACACAUACUAGAACAUUUACUAGACGUUGUUACAUACUCACUUUUAGUAACAAUGGCAUCUUUUAUAUACUUUUUUUUUUAAUUCAUAAGGAGAUGCACUAAAAUAGUGUAGGUAAGUGUAAAUGAAUGAACACUAACAGGACUAUGAACAUGUUUUCACUGUUUACAAAACAGAAUCUAUGUAAUAUAAUUAGAAAUAUAGAAUACAUGCACAUUUUGGAAAAUGUAUGUUUCUAAAUAUGAAUUUUGUAUGAUAUGUGAGUAUACACUUACGCCUAUCACUGUUUUAUAACAAUCAUCAUAGAGAACUUGAGCUUGCUUGAAUUCACUGUUCGUUCAUGCAUAUCAGUUUUUAUACAAAAAGGUCUGGCAUAGAAAUAGCCCUGUUUGGAAAAAAAAACUUGACAUCCGUAGAAUAAAUGUGUUUAUUCAUAAAUGAAAGCAAACUAUAGAUCCAGCCAGGGAAGAAAUUUAAUUUCUUUUUCAUAUAAAAAUCAUACAAAUUAGUAUCUGUGUUACAAAUGAUAAAUAAUACUUAAUAAACA